UUCUAUAAACCUAAUGUGUCAUUGUUUAACUUCAAGAAGAAAAGUAGGAAUAGUGUACUUAGAAAAAGAUAAUUAAGAUAAUUGAGCGACCAUGUGUCUAUGCUUGCUUCAUUGAAUAGCCUCUCAAAACAUCCAAUGAGAUUGUAUGAUCAGCAGAAAGGCGUUUUAGGAACUGUAGGAAAGUUAAAGACCAUGCUUCCAUAUGUUCAUUAAACCCAAUCGAAUUGAUUGAUGUUUAUUCUGGGUGGUGCUAUUAGAUAACAUUAUGUUUGCUUCCUUCUAUAAAUGGGGUGACAUGAUGAUGGAAUGAACAAUUUUGUUAAAUAUUUUCUUUAUGUAUUGCUCAUGACUCGCUGAUAAAAAAAGUUGUAUUGCUCAUGAGUAUAUUUUUGUUUUAGUUUGAUGAGCACGUAAAUUUUGUAGUAGUCUGAUAUGUUUACUUGACAAAUAAGUCAGUCAGUUACUACUUUUACGUGAGGAGCAACUCUAUUGUUAUUGAUUUUUAUAUCUCUUAAUUUGUCAGUCUAUGAUUUCUCUUUCUAUAAUUAGAAAUGUAAACGUUGUUGAUUCAUAGAAUAUUAUUUAGCUCAAAAUAUACCAACAUAUUAUGUUUUUAUUUUUUCUGCCAUAAUUCCAAUGAGUAUCUAGAGCCCUCUUCUUACUGGACCUCCAGAAUAGAAUGUGAAAAACCUUGGGCAGUAAAAAUUUAUUCUUAUGCGGAGGCAUUUGAUUUUUAGGAAACUGUGGAAGAGGAUACUGUCGAUGAUCAUACCAUGGUCUAAAUCAAAAGUCACAUGAAUAGAAAAAAAGGAAGGAGGAAUACAUCGGAGAUGAAAGAGUAUGAAGCACGUGGGUGCUUAAUUCAAUGAGAGAAUUUGAAUUGUAAAUGAUGAAAGAGUUUUAGACAAUAAAGGAAUACUCAAAAAAAUUAUUGGAUAUUGCUCACUAGAUAAAGCUGUUGGGUAACAAUGUCGAAGAGGUACACAUCUAUAUCCUCAUUGGAGAAUACAAAUAAUAUGACUAAGAUUAUUGCAAAAGUGCUACAUUCUCUGCAAGCCCAACAACAGUGAAGGCUGAUGAGACAUUAUCAUGUUGUUGAAGGUACUUUGCAAGCCAAAAAAAAUAAUGAUGUUGAGAAGAAUUAAAAGAAAAUUUUCAAGCAAAAUCAGGCUUCAAUCAGCACAAUAAACAACAACAUUAAAGACAAGGGAAAAAAAAAAGAAAACGACUUUCAACCUUAUAAAAAUUGUAGCAAAAAAGGCCAUCCACCAUUCAGAUGUUGGAGGAGACUAGAUUCAAAAUGCUGCAAGUGAAACCAAAUGGACAUGAAGCUGUGGUUUUCCUCAACAAAAAUCACCAUGUUGAGCUUAGAUUGUUAAUCAAGAGGAGGAAGACCAAUUGUUUGUGGCCACUUGUUUCUUGAGCAAUGAAUCAAUUGAAAGUUGGUUGGUUGAUUGAUAUUGGAUGUACUAAUUACAUGAUCUUUGAUAAGGCACUCUUAAGAGAUUGGUGGCCAACUAGUGUUAUCAAAGUUAGAAUUGAAAUGAUCUUAAUCAAAGGAAAGGGGACUACUGCAAUCACAAGUUGUAUCGGCACAAAACUUAUUUCUAACUUUGUUAGCAGGGAUGUUCACUUUGUGGUAGGUUGUUAUGUUUCCGAGUAGGAGACGUAAUUAUUCACGAUCACAGUAGGUAGAAAACGAUAAUGAAAGAAUGAAUUUCUCUUAUUAAUGGUAAUAGAAUUCUUUAAACAAAGAUAGUUGGGAGCAUAACCUCCCUCACAGGACUACAAUUGCCUGUCAACAAACUCAAUAAUCAAAAGCAUAUCCUAAACAAUAGCAUCUAGCUUUAUUUAUAUUAAAUAUUUCCCUAGAAUAUAGUUCUAUUUACUAUAAUUAACUUAUACUGAAUAUUUCCCUAGGAUAUAGCUCUAUUUACUAUAAUUAACUUAUAUUGAAUAUUUCCCUAGGAUAUAGCUCUAUUUACUAUAAUUAUUACUAAAUAUUUCCCGCCUAUCCUAAUUGCUACAACAGUUAGGAUAGUAGCUCUUCAACCGGUCGGCUCAUGUUCUUCGUUGCUUCCCAUCGCUCGACUCGAGCUCUUACCGCCUUCAGCCGUUCGGCUCGACUCCUCAUCGCCUUCCAUCGUUCGACCUGAUCUCUCCCCGCCUUCCACCGUUCGGCUUGACCUUUCUUUGCCUUCCACCGUUCGGCCUUCUCCUUCUCUCCUAUACCUUCUUCUCUCAUAUACCUUCCAACCCCUAAGAUAGGUGAAGAAUGAAAUUGGGAUGAACCAAAGAAGAUUGAUCAAGCUUUUAAAGAUUUGUACCAAAACUUUCGCUCAAGUUUAGAAGAUGAAAGUUGGUAGAAUGAGUUAGUUGAUGAUGUUCCUAUAAGAGGUACUAGAUUGUUCUUUUUUUAUGUUUGUGACAAAUGUAGCAUUGUUGUAUGUGAACCUGCAAACUAAGAAGUAUAACAAAAGACUCUAAUUUGGGUUAUUGUAAUGAAGGUGAAGCUCUUAAUGAUAAGGAGAAAUCAAACCUAGUUUCACAAAGACUACAAGACAAGGAAGUUAUUGAAAUCAAAUGGGUAUAUAAGACUAAGCUUAAUGUUGAUGGUUAUAUUAAUGAACACAAGGAUAGACUUGUAGUGAAGGGUUAUGCUAAAGUUUUUGAUGUGGAUUACUUAAGACAUUUGCACUAGUUGUUUGAUAAGACACCAUCAACUUGUUGCUUGGUGUAGAUGCUCAACAUAAUUGAAAAGUUUGUCAACUUGAUGUCAAAUUAACAUUUUUAAAUGGUUUACAAGAAGAAACUUUUGUUGGGCAACCCCAAGGUUUUGUAAAGGAAGGGAAAGACAAUAAGGUUUAUCUUCUCAAGAAGGCUCUUUACUAGUUAAAACAAGCCCUAAAAGCUUGGUACAACAUAAUUGAGAUGAACAUUUUCUUGCUGAGCUUGGGAUUUUUCAAGAGCUUGUCAGAGUCAACUUUGUAUGUCAAAAUAGAUGGAGCUAGUUAUCUCACUAUACAUUGUAACAUAAACAAUAAGCCUAUGGAGAAAUUUAAGAAGGAAUGAUGGUGGUGUUUAAGAUGACAAAUCUCACUUUAAUGACCUUUUUGGAAAGGGAUGAGGUGUUAAGACAACUAAAAUCCCAUUUGCUUCGUGCUCAAGACAGGAUGAGGACUCAAGCCAAUAAGCAUCGAAAGGAAAGACAUUUUGAUGUGGGUGAUCUUGUGUUUUUAAAAUUGAAACUGAAUAGGCAGCAAUCUGUCAUGAACAGAGUCAACCCAAAAUUAAGUGCUAGAUAUUAUGGCCCUUUUGAGAUUGUGGAGAAAAUUAGGGAAGUGGCAUAUCGGCUGAAAUUGCCACCAAAUUCAAGAAUUCAUCCUGUCUUUCACGUAUCAUUAUUAAAGACAGCUGUGAGUAAGUAUAAGGUUGAGGAGGAUCUCCCUACUGGGUUGGAGGAUGAUAGAGCAGAAUUAUUAACUCCUGAAGGGAUCUUGGCUACUUGGGAAAACGCAAAGAAAGGGAAAAUUAAGAAGCAAGUGCUUGUGCAGUGGAAGGGGAAAAAUGUUGAUGAAGCUACUUGGGAAGAUGAAGUGAUCAUUAGAAGUCAGUUUCAAGAAUUUAGCCUUGAGGACAAGGCUCUAUUUCAAGAAAGGGGUAUUGAUACAGACCCAAACCUUAUUGGGCUCAAUGAGCCCUUGAUCCAAGAAGAAAAGGUCAAGCACAGGUGGGGCAGAGUAUAUGAGAGGAAAAGGACUAGGAAGGGUGACAUGGUAUAGUAGGGAGGAAUAGGUUGGUUAGAAGAGAGAGAGAAAGGGGUGUGGUUGUUUUAAAAAGAAUCAGGAAGGAAGUUUUGAAAACAGUUAGUUGUUUUUCAGUAGAGAGGGAGCCAUUCUUGGUUUCUCUUAGGAGCUUGGCUCUGGGCAGUGAGAUAUUCAUAUCUUACUGAUUUUCUUGUUCUGCAGAAAAUAAAAAUCAUCCAUGUUCCAUUUGAGUCUUCAUUCAAUCUUUUUCUGUUCUUUUAAAAAAACCUUAUCAGGAAUACUUCAAGGUACUAUUUUGGCUUUGGAUUGAGUUUUUCUCAUGGAGCUCAAAAAACAAGAAAUUGUUGCCCAAUCUGCUUUAGAAGUUCAAUUUGAUGCUAUCACCCCUAUUGUCAACCUAGGAAAAACUAAGCAUUUCAACAUUAAGUUAUUUUUCUGAAGACAAGUGUUUUUACCACGCUAUUACCUAUUAUCAAGUUGAAGUUCUUAAUAUAGAAUACUGGAGAUUGCAAUUCUUAAUGCAAAGAAGAGUGUUAAAUGUUUGCUUAUGUAUUGCACAUGAUUUUAUAUUUCUGUUUCAGUUUGGUGAGAACAUAAAUUUAUAAUAGUUGGACAAUUUGACUUACGGAGCAAGUUUGUUAGUUGGGGAUAAUUCUUAUUAAGUGGUUUAUGUUUAAUUCAACCUUACAAAAACUGACUUGUAAAGUAAAGAUUACAUCUCAUUUAUAUAUUAUAAUUUGUCUUUAUUCAUAACAAUAAUUAUGUCUCUUAAUUUGUCAGUCUACGAUUUCCCACAAUUAUAAAUGUUAACGUUUUUUAUCCAUAGAAUAACAGAUUCCUUGCUUGCAGCUCAUAUUUAGACGUAUUUUGUUUGCCUUGCUUCCUCUUUUUUAUUAUUUUUGUCAUAGUUCCAACAACAAUGUUGAAAGUGUAAAGCUUCGUUACCAUGAUUUGAGUGUUGAGAAAACACCUUCCCUAAUUGUAAUAUAACCAAAUUAGAUAUUAAUUCUUUUAUAUGCUCAAAAUACAAGCACAUUUUUUAUCUUCUGCAAGUACACAAUACGGUACUGUAAAUUAACUUCUUUUG